AUGACACACCAAUCACAAGCCGCAGAACAAACUAAUGCCAAAGAGGAAGGAGACAAUAUUUACCAGAAGUUCCAUACAUUUGAUUUUCAAGAUGACAUGAAAUUUCAGGCAGGUUGGAGUAGAAUUGUAACAGCAGUUCCAGAUGAAAGAAGGGAAGCUGAAUGUCUGAAAGCAAAACUUUUCUUUUACUCAAAGCUGUAUGAAAAGGUCACGAAAGAAGGUUAUGAUCAGUGGCUGAUGGAGCAUUCCAACAUCAAACACAAUGAUGAGGAUUCUAAAAUAGAAAACGAAGAAAAUUCAUUGGAAUUACACUCUGAUUCAAAGAAUGACAAUCUUGUGAAAAUUGACACAAAAUCUUCUAAAAAUGACUCACAGUUGGACACGGUUGAACUUCGCAAUCUUGAUUGUAAAGAUGGUGAUGAGAAUGAUAUAGAUAAAUCAAAGUCAGCAUCACAUAAGGGAGAUAAUUUGGAUAUCACUUCAAAUUCUGUAUUAGAUUUUAGUGAAAUUGCAGAAAUGAUUGAAAAAGGAUUGAAACUACCAGGAGUUGAGGAUUUAGAUAUCAAACCAUUAGAUAUAGAUCCAAAUCCACCGGAAAUGGAGAGACUGAAAAAACCAUGGGAGAAAUAAGUUUUGUGUUUUCGAGGAUUGUGAUUUAGUCAAAAUUGAAAAUCUAAUUGUAUGAUAGAGUGUAAAAGUAGCAUGCCAUACAUUUAAUAUUGACAGUGUUUAGAAUUUAUGGAGACUGACUAAUUAUCUCGGCAUUUUCUGGUUUGGCUGACAGGCAUCAGAUUAUAAGUCAUCAGGUUUGGCUGACAGGCAUCAGAUUGUAUGUCACCUAGUUUGGCUGACAGGCAUCAGAUUAUCUGUCAUCAAGUUUGGCUGACAGGCAUCAGAUUAUAAGUCAUCAGGUUUGACUGAGAGUCAUCAUAUUAUAUGUCAUCUGGUUUGGCUGACAGGCAUCAUAUUAUAAGUCAUCAGGUUUGACUGACAGGCAUCAUAUUAUAUGUCAUCUGGUUUGGCUGACAGGCAUCAUAUUAUAUGUCAUCUGGUUUGGCUGACAGGCAUCAUGUUAUAUGUCAUCAGGUUUGACUGACAGGCAUCAUGUUAUAUGUCAUCUGGUUUGGCUGACAGGCAUCAGAUUAUAAGUCAUCAGGUUUGGCUGACAGGCAUCAGA